UUUCCGAUGAUCCAAGGCCCGUCUGUGGUAAUCCGUUGAGGACGUCGAAUCCAACCCUGACUGACAAUCUCUCUGAGAAUCCAAGGCCUAUAUUUCAAGACGGCAUUCUGUCGUUCGAUGACCUACGUUAUUCAGCGCCAACACAUGGAGUUGUCAUUGCCGCUUUCCCUCGCCCUCCUUCCCUUCACACCAUCUGGACUCCUCUGCCCUCAUCCAGUAUGAGUGGACUCCAUGUCCUUCAGGCUGCUCGGAACGUUGGUAUGAGCGGUACAAUCAUCGCAGCUGACACUAUCUCCCAUGUAGAUGAGAAGUAG